GGCCUGGCACUUGGGCAUGCGAGGCUCUCGGGUGCCCUGGCUGCUCGCCUGGGGAGUGCUACAACUGGGCUGGAGGCCAGGAUGGCUCUUAGAGCCCCCCAACAGGUCCUGCAGCCCUUCCUUCUCCCCGGCACAGCUCUCAGUGCCCGAGGGUGCCAAUGCCACCUUCACCUGCAGUUUCUCCAACUCAUCAGAGCACUUCGUGCUGAACUGGUACCGGCUGAGCCCCAGUAACCAGACCGACAAGCUGGCCGCCUUCCCCAGGGAGAGCAACCUGGACCCACGCUUCCAAGUGGCCCAGUUGCCAGAUGGGCACAGCUUCCAGAUGAGUGUCCACUCCGUGCAGCGCAAUGACAGCGGCAUCUACCUGUGUGGGGCCAUCUCACUGCAGCCCAUGGCGGAGAUCAGAGAGAGCUGCCGGGCAGAGCUCACAGUGACAGAGAGAAUCCUGGAGUCACCCACAGCGCACCCCAGCCCCUCGCCUAGGCCAGUGGGAGACCUUCAAGGCCUGGUUGUUGGGGUCAUGAGUGUCCUAGUGGGCGUGCCUGUACUGUUGCUGCUGGCCUGGGUUCUGGCUGCUGUAUGCUCCAGGGCCGUGCCAGAGGCCGAAGGAGCUAGGAGCAAGGAGCAGCCCCUGAAGGAAGAUCCCUCGGAAGUGCCCAUCUUCACAAUGGACUAUGGGGUUCUGGACUUCCAGGGCCGAGAGAAGACCCCAGAAUCCCCUGCUUCCUGUGUGCACACAGAGUAUGCCACCAUUGUCUUCCCUGAAGGGCUAGGUGCCUCAUCUCCAGGCCGCAGGGGCUCUGCCAAUGACCUCCAGGCCCUCCAGCCUCCAAAGCAGCAGGACGGACACUGCUCCUGGCCCCUCUGACUGGCUUCCUCAGAACCCCAUGUCC